UAGCAAUAAUCAAGAGAUACCUGAAAAGUCAAAGAAAAUUAAAAAAUUGAAUUUUUCCAAUUUGAAAUUAUAAAAAAGAAAAAAAUGCUGAUAAUUAAUACUUAUUGUACCAUGUGAUCACGUUUGAAGGUUGUGUAAUAAUAUUAAUUACUAAAAAAUAAACAUGUGUGAUAUUUUAAAAGCAUGGUUUCGUUCCAAGCUGGGUGUACUGAUUGAUCUUACUCCUAGUAUAUUUGGACAUCAUGCAAGAGAUGGUACAUUGCUUGCUAAAAUACUUCACUGUUAUAACGUCAUUGAUCAAAAUCAAUUGAAGAUGAUAGUUUCAACACAUGAUCCAGCAUUGUCAAGGGUGAAUUUAAAACAUCUUAAACUAUGGCUUCACUUUAUUGGAGUUGACAUUGACGAUGGAUGUAUCAAAGAUAUAUCAAAUGGCAAAGGUGUUGCUGCACUACAACUUUUUUAUGAUGUUUUUAUUUGUCUUGAAAAAAAAGAUAAAUUUUAUUUCAUCACAAUGGAAGAAGAGAGGAAAAGGUUUAUAGAAACAUCACAAAAAUUUAGUAUUAAAAGAGUAUCAGAUGACAAGCCACUGCAAUAUCCAGAUGUCAAUGAUGAACUGACUAAUAAAGCAAGUGUUGUAGACUGGCACAGAAAAAAAUACAUUGGACUACUUGAUGAUUAUAAGGAGCAGAGAAAAAAAUUCAGGAACUUACAAGAUGUAAAAGAAUCAUCAGCUAUUAAGCCAGUUUCAAAAACCAAUGUUUUACCAAAAAAAAUUAAACUACAACAAGAAGAAAUUGCUGAUAUUGAUGAAUUUGACAAGAAACAUAAAAUAAAAAAAAUACAAUUAAAUAAUUAUUUUAAUGUUAAUGAUGAAUUAAAAAAUAAAACAAUAAAUAUUGUUGAAGAUCCAGAAGCUGUACAAAAUUUUAUGAAAUCAUUAAAAGCUCGUAGACAACAAGCUGCAGAUAUAAAAAAAAAAAAAGAUCAAAUGCAAACAUUAUUAUUAUCUGAACUGUGGAAUAAAAUUGAAAAUGAAGAAAAUAAUAAAAUUAAUAAAAUAAUAGCAAAUAAAAUUGUUGAACAAUCACAGUAUGAAAAGAGAAUAGUUAAAAAACUUCUUGAUAUUGAAAAAGAAAAAAUAAGAAUAAUUGAGAAUAAAAAAAUUGAACAACAAAUAGCAUAUCAAGUUAAAGAUACUGAUUGGCAAAUGUUGGAAGAAAAAUUAGAACAAGAAAAUUUAUGGGAAAAUUAUGAAGUUGAAGAUGAGUGUUUUCGUUUGCAACAACUUUAUCAACGACUUGAUGAAGAAAGACAUAAUAAAAAAUUAAUGAAACUUAAUAAAAUUGCAUCAAAAAUUUUAAAUGAUAUUAUUGAUUUGUCAAUAAAUUUAUCAGAGUAUAAAAAAUUGAAUGAUAAAAUUCCUGCAGUAUUAUUAAAUGAAUGGAAAUUAUUAUUUUUUAAAAGUUUACCAAUUCAUGGAAAUUUUAAAUCUUCAAAAACGUUUGAUGAAUUUGAAGACGAGUACAAAGAAAUGCUUGAAAAACUUAAAAGUGCUGAAGCUUUAAAUAAAGAAAUAUUAGAUAAAAUAGACUUUGAUAAUUAUCACAAACUUCAAGGACCUUGGAAUGAGUUUAUUCCUCAACUUGAUGAAGAUACACAACAGCUUUUAACACUUGGAUUAAAUAUUUUAGGAUACAUUGUUCAUAAAUUAUUAAGAAUUAUUUAUCCCCAAACAUCAGUACCAGUUGGAUUGGAUUUUUGUAUUUUUCCUAUACGUGGUGUUGUCAUUGGAAUUCCAGAUUCAUCUUUACUUUUGUAUCUUGAAAAAUUACUGGAUGAAAAAAAAAUUAAAUUAAUUAAACUUGAAGAUGCAAUUAAUUAUUGUCUACAAAAAUACAAAGAUGAAAUGAAAGAAUGUAUUUACAUUGAUUUAGAUAAUUUGUCAAAUGAUUUUUUAAAUAAAAAAUUAUCAAGAGAUGAAUUAACAACGGUCAAAGAAUGGAACCAAGAAAAAACAAUCGCAAGAUCAUCUAGAGAAUCAAAUAAAAUUUCAAGAGCAUCACGAAACAAUAUGCCAAUUGAUAAAACUUUCAUUAAUUACAAUAAAGAGACUCAAACUCCAAAAGUAAUUCCAUACGAAGACAUGCAUCCCGUAUUGAGUGACGUGGCCUAUAUUGGUAAAUGGAUAUAUAAAUUUAUGACACUUGGUGAACCAUUAUCUGAUGAACUUACUUCAAAAAUACUUUUACAAUAUUUACGAAGUUUAAAAAAUAUUGAUGGUUGGGUUAUUAUUAAUUAUCCAGAUACGUAUGAACGUCUUGCAAGUUUUGAAUUUGAAUUGACUGGUCAAAAAUUAAUAAAUUAUGAUCAAAUGAAUUUUGAUAAUAUAAGUAUCAAAGAAAUUGAUCCAAGACCAUCAAGAAUCACUUUUUUACAUCCAGAAGAUAGUGAUUCUGUUGAAUUAUUUCAAGAAUAUAAACUUGUUCCUAAUUUACCAAAAUGUGAAAAACCAUUAAUCAAUAUUUCUACACUUACUUGUUUUAUUCGGCUUCAACAGAUACAAAAAAAAAUUGAUAUUAAUAAUCCAGAUAUUCCAAGAGAACAGUCAGAAAAUUAUGAUCAUCAUGUGGAUGAGUAUUAUGCAAGUCAAGGAGUUACUUCUAUCAUUAAAUAUAAAACAUGUGACAUGAAAAUUAUGAAAACCAUAGCUCAAAUAAUUAUAGGUGAUAAAUCAUUAUCACAGUGUUCUUUGAUUGAUAAUAUUGUUGAGUCAUCAAACGUUGUGAGUCAAUCAAAUGAUCAAGAUGAUCAUUUAGAAAAUUAUGAAUUUAUAGAAACACUAAGCUUUGAAUCAGAAGAAUCAUUAUCAAAUAAAAUUGAAAAAAAGUCUAUUUAUUUAGAGCCAAAACCAGGUGAUGUUGGCUGGACUUGGGCAAAUCUUCCAGUUGAUCUCAAGGUUUUUGAAGGCAUUGCACUUGUUUGGAAAAAUAUAGAAUUUGCUUAUAUCAAUAAUUUAAUGGAUAUUUUUAGUUUAAAAAGAUUUAAUUUUGCAUCAAUUGUUCCAUAUGGAGAUUUUGUAAUGAAACAUAUGAUAGAAUUUAUUAGACGACCAGAUGACAAGCAAGAAUUAUUGAUUAAAUUUAAUCAAGCAUUUAAUGAUAUACCUGAAAAUAUGAGAAACGAUGUGAAAAUAAAAGACGAGUUACUCACUAAGGUUAAUAAUUUUCAAACUGAACUCUGGGAAAUUUGUGAUAAAAAAAGAAAAGAAGCUGAAGAUAGAAGAAAAAAAAUUAUAUUUGAUUAUUGGAUAGCAACGCAGAUGGUUCAUUUGAUAAAUAUUUAUCUGAGAAUAAUUCAAGUGGAAGCUGAUAGAUUUUUAGAGACAAUACAAUUGAUUAAUGAUUAUUAUUUGUUAAUGCUUCAACGACCUCGUGAUGGUAAUCGACUUGGAAAGAUUCAUCUUAAUCUAUUGUCACUCAAUGAUGACAAAUCAUCUGACUAUACAUCUCUAUUAACAAAUGAAAAAAAUAUUAUGGAACCUAUUGAAAAUAUUGGAAUUAAUCAAGAUGAUAUAAAAAAUGAAAUUUCUAAUUAUUUGAAUAAUUUUAAUGAAGAUUUAAUUGAUUUUUCUGAGACAUUGUCAUUUAAAUUUAUAAAAUUAAAUAUUAAAUAUGUUGAAUCGAUUGUUGAGAAAUUAUAUUUUUUAACUAUUGAAAAUGCAAAGGAAAAAGUUGUAAUAAUACCAAAAAAAAUUAAACAAAAAAAACUAAAACAACGUUCGUUUAAAAAAAAUUCUCAAAGUUCAAUGGAACCACAAAGAAAAAUAAGUAUUGGAGAAUCACCAAAAAUUGAUGAACAAUCAACAUUAAAAGAUGAAGCUAUGAAAAAAAAUUUAUAUGAGGAAUGGAAUUGUGUUUUAAAAUUUGAGUCAGCUAGAAUGUCUUUGCGAUUAAAAAUUUUAGAAGAGUCAAUUAAGUGUGAUAUUGAUUUUUUCUUGGGAACAAUGAAACAUACAUUUUUAAAAAUUCAUAAGUUAAUAAGUGAAAGAUUUGAAAAUGAAAUUAAUAGUGUUAAUAAUAUGGCAAAAGUAUUUUGUAAUGCAAUAGAAAGAGGAAAAAAAAUACAAGAAGAAUUAAUUUUUGAUGGUGAUGAAUUUUUCGUCAAUCCAAAAAGAUUGAUGACAACAUCUUCACUUGUACCUGAAGAAGAUUUACAUCAGUCUAUACUAAAGUUACGUCAACUUGAAAGAUUAAAAGACAUUUUUAAAGGUGUAUCACCUUCUGGUAAUAUUCCAGCAAUGUCUUUGGUAUAUAUUCUUCAAGAUUUAAUAGAAUGUAGUGGUGAAGAGCACGAGGAACCGCCAGUACCUUCUACAUGGCUCGCUCUAGAGUCUCAAGAUAUACUAAAACUUGUUCAUGAAAUUUUUGGUGGUUCUCCUGUCGUUGAUUGGCGAGAAUUUAUAAUUCAUGCAAUGGAUAUUGAAAUACCAAGUGUCGAUGAGCUUAUGGUUAUUCUAGAAGCUUUCAAGAGACAAGAUCAAGAACAUUCUAACACAAUUUGUCGUCAAAAUUUUUUAAAAACACCUCUAUGGUUUACUGUUGUUGAUACGACAUGUUCCUUAAAUUCGUGGUCUCAUGAUUACUUUGAACUUGAUGGUGAACAAAUGUCUGAAGAAGAAAUGACAAAUUAUAAAUCAAUUUCAAACUCAAAAAUUAUAAAAAAUUAUGACUCAGUUUAUUCAAUGUCUAAUGAUAUAAAUCCUAAAGAGUUACGAGACAUUCUCAAGAAGAAAUUACUUUGUGACAUGUUUUUAGAUACUUCAUAUUCUGUUAAUUACAUGGCAAUGUUAAUGGCAUUUUGUAAAGAUCAAGAUCCAAAAAAAGGACUUGCCAAAGCUCUUAGUCUUGCAGUUGGAAAAAAAUUAUGUGAUAAUUUUGAUGAGGGAGAAAAAUAUGUUAAAGCAAUGUUGAAAAAAAAACAAUUAACAGCAGAUAAUCAAAAUGAAAUAAGUUCUAAAAAAUUAGAAGUUAUUAAAAUCAUUGAAGGUAUUUUGGACGAUUUGGUUACCAAGGUGUUUCAAGAAUUUAAUAAGUCUCAAGAUGUCUUUAAGGAUAAACAAAACAGUUCUAGUAAAAUGAUAAGCUCGCCAAAAGUUGUUGGAACUAAAUCUUCUAAAUUGUCAACAUAUACAUUGGCUGGAUCUAAAACAACCAGUUUAUCUACCUUUGAUUAUUCAUCAUCUUCAAUGUUUACAUUUGACAAAUUACCGGUACAGUCACGAAAGACAACACACUGGUUAAAACUUGAUGUGUUUAAGUCAGUUAUGUCAGUGUUUUAUCCUCAAAUUGUUAAUCAAUCGGAUCUUUACCAAUCUGGAAAAACAUUCAAUGAGACUUUGACAGAUAUAAUUGAUGAUUUACAAUGUACUGAGCUAAAUAAUGAGGACAAUGUUGUUCUUGCUCAUCGACUUAUUCACCAUGAUUUCGUCGUUCAUCUUGUGACAGAUUCUUACAAAUUUUUAACAAAAAAUUUAUCUAAAAUUGUUGAGGAUAUCAUCAACAACAAAUAAAAAUAAUACAUCACAAUAAAAUAAUAAAUGCAGAAGUUUUAAAUUGGUUUGAGAUUUCAACCAAACCAGGGUAACCAUCAGCUUUUUUUUUUCAUUGGUGCUAAUCGAACAAGAAGCCAGGUAUAUAACUUGAAUUUUUUCUUAUCGAUCAAUUCAUAGCGAAGAUUUUUAAGACCAUCUGUGGUAAAUCUUUUUUCUCCUGAUCUUAAAAC